GGAAACACCUGCCGUGGCAUCGCUUGUGGGGAUUAGGGCAGGGCUGCAGUAUGUUCGGGAGUUUCCAGCCAUAUAGUGAAAUGUGUAACAUUUCAGUGGGCUCUUUAAGAGGAGAGCCUCUCCGUAUCUGCUGAUCUGUCAGCAGGCGCGGUGCCGCCCUCCCUGCUGCGCCGAAGAGGACCGACAAACACCCGGUGAACUGAGGGAUUCCAGCGGAUCAUGCAUGGGUAUUCGGUCGUGAUGGAUAAUCGAUAAUUGAAGCCAAAAUGCGCCGGACCCGCCGUCCUCAUCGCCCGGGUCAAGCAGGUGUAAAAGGUAACCAGACUGAGCUGCUGGAGAGGGACACGGAUCACAUCAUACAUGUUUCAUGUACAGCCAUGACAUUUUCUACAGCUCUGGGAUGGACGACCUCUUCUGGCACACGCCUAUAGUUUUAGUCAUCGCGUUUCCGCUCUUUGGUGGUUUAGCUGGCUCAGCUGGUUUGGCGGUCGGAGGAAGCAGCAGCAGUUUGAUCAAGUGGUGCAGACGCUGGAGCUCAGCAUGUCCUCUGUGGUGUCCGGAGUGAGCGAGCUGAGCCUGGGAGAGCUGCCCAUGGAGAGCUGGAUGUCUCAGCUGCCAUGUGCUCUGUGGGACACCCCCCUGUACCACCUGGCCAUCCCGGGCAGCCACAAUGCAAUAACCUACUGCCUGGAUAUGAAUGACAGAUCCCCGGUUGACCUUACCCAGCCAGACAUGCUUCAAAAGCUGGACAAAUACAUGAAGCCCCUUAUUCGCCCCUUUGUGUACAAGUGGGCGAUAACCCAGGAGUAUACUAUAAAGCAGCAGCUGGACUGUGGGGUCAGAUACUGUGACCUGAGAAUUGCACACAGGCCCAAUGACAGCUCCACUGAUCUGUACUUCUACCAUGGUGUAUACACCACGCUCACUGUGGAGACUGUUCUAAUGGAGAUAAGAGAGUGGCUGGAUGCUCAUCCCAAAGAGGUGGUCAUCCUCUCCUUCAGCCACUUCCUCGGGCUGAGCCAGGAGCUCCACACUCUGCUGCUCACAACCAUACGCAACGUAUUCACCUCCAAACUGUGUCCCAAAACGGAAGUCUUAACUCUUCGAAACCUGUGGGCUUUAGGGUACACGGUGAUUGUGUCCUAUGAACACAAUAUUGCCAGCUGUCACAGCGACCUGUGGCCACAUAUUCCUUACUGGUGGGCCAACAAAUGCAAAGCUGAGGCUCUUAUCGAGGACUUUGAACACAGGAAACAACAUGGCAGACCAGGAGGUUUCUUCGUCACAGGAAUUAAUCUGACAGAGGACCUGAAAUACAUCUGCACACACCCGACAGAGUCCCUGAAGGACUUGGUGAUGUCCACGUACCCCACGCUGCUGAGCUGGGUUAAGGAGCAGACUCCCGGCUCCAGAGUCGGCUCUCUCAAUAUCAUUGCUGGGGACUUUAUCACAGAGAGCCAGUUUGUACCAACGGUCGUUACACUGAAUGAGAAACUACUGAAAUGACUUUUCACCAGUUUGCAUUAUUCUACAAAAAAAAAAAGUGAAUUGCAGCAUGAAAUACACAUGAUCUUGUUUUGUUAAGUGACAGAAAAAUACUCAAGUACUUGAAUUAUUCAUUUAAAUAUAAAUGCACUUAUUGGAGGCAGUGAAAUGUAUAUUUAAGUCUUAAAGCUGCUUUAAAAACAAGACUUUUUGGUAUCUUGACCAGCACUUAUUUGUUUACGUUCAGUUCAUUAUAUAUGCAAUGUACUGUAUCAGUUUUCAUGAGUCAGCGAGGUGGUCAGUUUUAUGUUACGGUGACCAAAGCAAUAAUGAUACAACUAAUCUCACCUUUUAAAGUAGGCAUUUUAGACGAGUAAGCACAAUGUAUUCGAUGAGCACAUAUGACUCUAAUGUAGGCUUUUAUAAUUAUGACAUGUGGGCAGCAAGUUUUAGAAGUAGCUAAACUGUAUCGCAUACAGUACAUGUAUUUAUCCGUAGAGAAGACAUGAAACUUAUGCAAAAUGCAUGGAAACUUAUUUGCAUGAACCCAAACUUGACUUUUCUACUUCUAGCUGACUUUAGCAAACAGGUUAGGCCUUGUUUUAAAGUAAUGCUGCACCGCUGUGCCUGUGGAGAUAAGCUUUUUCAAUAAACCUGAGCAUUUUUAAGCAAAUCA